AGCCAAACCAUGAUCAACUGGCCCAAUCCAAGUCCUCCAAAAUCCUACGCAUUGUAUCCUUAUUCCUUAUCCUUUCCCGACGCUCAAAAAAAUCAAUCUCAAGCAAAUCGGCCAUUCCAAUGGCGUCCACAGCUCCAUCCAUCUCCUUCCUCACAUCUCACAUCUCCGCGAUUCCCACAUCAAACCCCAUCCCCGCUCGUUUUGCGUUUCCCAUUUCGCCCCUCAAACCCUCGAAAAUCACCCUCCCUGCUGCGCUGCACCACGCAGCCAAGCCGCUCUCCUAUGAAAUCGAAGCCGCCUGGGAUCGCCUGAGUCCGGUGAAGACGGAUGUAGAAGAAGAAGAAGUUGAAGCGGCGGACGACGGAUUCUACGAGAUCGAACACGGCGGGAUCUGUGCGGUUCCGAAGAAGAGACGGUCCCGAUCUAAGUCACGAAUCCGGAGAAAUAUCUGGAAAGGGAAAGCUCGGAUUGCCGCCGCGAAGGCUUACUCGCUGGCCAGAUCAAUUGCGACUGGGAAUUCGAAGAGUUUUCUGGUCAUCAGCAAAUCGUCAUCUUCUUCUACUUCAUCAUCAGAAUCUUAGUUCUGUAUGUAUCUCUCUAUCUCUCUCUCAUUCCCUUUUAAUGUGAUUGUUGUAGUCCUAGAAUUAAAUUGAAUUCAGAAAUUCUCUCUUGAUGCUGUUUUGCUUGCAAUUGCCUAUUAUCUUUUAUUUUCAUCCAAGUUUGUUGAAAACAAAUCAAAGGCUAAAAAGACUAAUAUAUGUGAGUUACCCUU